AUGCAAAAAUUUAUAAUUUUGGUAAAAAUUAUUUCAGAAAUUAAAUACUUAGUGCCAGGAAGACCAGUUAAUGUUUCAUUAGAAAGUCAAAAAAAUUUAUGUAUGUAUUGCUACAGAGGUAUGGACAAGCAUUUAAUACAUAUGUGGCAAACAACUUAUAUCACAGUUAGUUUAAACUCAAAUGAAUAUGAUCUUUACAAAGGUUCAUCACCAAAGGAGGUAAAAGACUUAUAUGAACAUGAAAAAAGUUCAUGGACUAAUAAAUUAUUUUCUUGGAAAUCUCAAAAAAUUGAUGUGGAUCCUUUUAAUUUAAAUUGUAUAGGAAUUGAUACAAUUUAUGACCAUGUGGUAGAAAUAAAUGUUAUUCGUAUCGAUUUUUGGAGAUUGGUUUAUUUUGGAUUAGGCAUAUUUUUAUUUUUGACAGCACCAAGUUUAAGUUCGAAUCCUAUAUUUUAUUAUAUUUGUGGAAUAACAUUAGGAAUUACAUCCUCUGUGUUAAUAGCUUUUUAUUUCAUGAGUAAAUUAAUUUCAAAGAAACCCACAUUGUAUGCUGUUUUUAUUAGCGGAUGGGCUGUUGGAGUUUAUUUAUUACAAUUGCUAUGGGAAAACCUUAAAUUAAUACUCAUAAGUUAUUAUUCAUAUGCAUUGGGAUAUGUUUUCAUAACAGGUUUAUUAAGUUUUAUUGUAUGCUAUCGAUUUGGUCCGGUUACUGAUCCGAGAAGCAAAAAUUUAAUAAAAUGGGCGUUGCAGGUUAAUUGUUUUAUUUUGAUUAUGUUAUAUAGCAGAUGUCGAGAGGCAUCGUUAAUAGCUGAAAUAGUUUUACUUCUUUAUUAUAACUUUUCAAAAAAAUGGGUUGAUUUUAAAUUUUCACAUUGUAAACUUUUUCCCCCGACUAAAACUUAUCUGACUGAAGAAGAAUAUUAUGAGCAGGGAGCCAGAGAAACACAAAAAGGUUUAGAAGAACUGAGAAAAUAUUGCUCAAGUCCGAAAUGUAAUCAGUGGAAAACUGUGUCAAAAUUACAAAAACCACUCAGAUUUGCAGAAUUUAUAGAAGGAAAUUCUCAUUUGGAAGAUGAUGAAAUUUUGGCAUACGAAUCAAAAUCACGUACGCCACCAAUUCUCUUAACAGAUGAUUCAGAUUCUGAAGAAAAUUAUGAAAAUUUUUGA